AUGGCAGUACUAGACAAGGUUCCUCUUAUCACUGCACGUGUUCGAGUAGCUGGGGAGCUCGCGACAGAAUAUGACCCCCUUGAUGACCACGAACCCGUGAUCAAUCUUGACAAGAAAGGCAGCAAGAUCCCUACAAGAAACUGCUACAUUGAGUCCAAGUCAGGCGCUGAGUUUGCCAUCGAGAUCACGGUUUCUGAUAAGUACCAACCUCCAAAGUCCCACGAUACCUUGAUUACCGAAGUCUACAUCGACGGCCAAUGGAGGAGGGGCAAGGUCAUGCACGUACCUCUCUCUCGUGGCAGGGAAAAGACCAUCAUCAUCUCAUCUGGGAGGGCUUCACGAGAAAAAAUGGGGGAGAAACCAAUGAUCGGCAAGUUUGUCUUUGCUCCUAUCAAUAAAAUCUCCGAUCCCAUGAGCGCCGAUAAGCUCAACGAGGACCUUGAACGCGCGGAAACCUUGGGAACAAUCCGACUGUGUCUUUCCACAGAGGCACUCCAACAUGAGAUGAUUAUCCCACGCACACCGUCGCCUGAGCCCUCAGCUACAACUAGCAUCGAUGCAAAUGCCCUUUCUCUCCUCUCCGAGAGUGACAUUCGCCGUCUCGCUCUGGAAAGACUGCGUGAUACCCAGAUCAAGAAUGAGUUCUCUCCUGUCAAGCGGGAGGCAGAGGAAGCCUCCCAAUCGCCCCGACGAUGGAAGUUCGUAAAACUGAAUGAUGGGAAAGAGGCUGUCGAUCUGACAGAUGAUUGA